CCAUCGAGCGGCGGUCCGCUGUUCACGCAAAGCACGCGCGAGCGCGCGCAGGGUAGCUUUCGUAGCGGCGCGCUGCAUUGUGGGACGGCGACGGGGGCCUACAGACAGGCAGCAAAACUGUUGAGUGUUUAAUACACGUGUGUUUAUAUUUAUAUUUAUCGUUUUGUUUGCGUUAAAUUGUUGUUAGUGCGUGAUGGGGGGUCAGGAGGAUCUAAUAAGCGCGGCGGAGGACGUGACGGAUCAGUUCUUGCGGGUAACCAAGCACUAUCUGCCUCACCUGGCACGUCUGUGUCUCAUCAGCACGUUUCUGGAGGACGGCAUUCGUAUGUGGUUCCAGUGGAGCGAACAGAGAGACUACAUCGAGGCCACGUGGAGUUGUGGAUAUUUUAUCGCCACAUGCUUCGUGCUGCUCAAUCUCAUCGGACAGAUCGGUGGAUGUGUCCUGGUCCUCAGCAGAAAGUUUGUGCAGUAUGCUUGCUUUGGCUUGUUUGGCAUUAUUGCAUUACAGACUGUUGCCUAUAGUAUACUGUGGGAUGUCAAGUUUCUCAUGAGAAAUCUGGCUCUGGGUGGAGGUUUGUUGCUGCUGUUGGCGGAGUCUCGGUCGGAGGGGAAGAGCAUGUUCGCUGGUGUGCCGUCUAUGGGCGAGAGCUCACCUAAACAAUACAUGCAGCUGGGCGGCCGAGUGCUGCUGGUGUUGAUGUUCAUGACGCUGCUUCACUUUGAUUCCAAUUUCUUCUCUAUUCUUCAGAAUAUGGUUGGCACGGCCCUCAUCGUCCUCGUGGCCAUCGGCUUUAAGACCAAACUGGCGGCUCUCACGCUGGUGGUGUGGCUUAUGGCCAUCAACGUCUACUUCAACGCUUUCUGGACGGUGCCCACUUACAAACCCAUGCACGACUUCCUGAAAUACGACUUCUUCCAGACCACGUCGGUGAUCGGCGGCCUGCUGCUGGUGGUCGCUCUCGGACCGGGCGGCGUGUCUAUGGAUGAGAAGAAGAAGGAGUGGUAAGAGAUUUCAUCCCGGGACUCAAGAACUCACACGUCUUUGCUUCACUAGCUCGGCACAACGCAGAGCUUCAUCCACAUCAUCUUGCUUUAUGUUGACAGUUUGUUCAGUUCCUGUAUUUUUAAGUGCAAUGUUAAAUACUGGGAUUUUAUUUACUUAUUUAUGUGCCCCUAUGUUGCAGUGAUUUAUACACAAUACAAAUGUAAGAAAUGGUCCAUGGGUUCAGAAUAAUUUUGCAUCAUUUCAAUCACCAUUUGUAUGGUGACACGGAGGGGAUGCGUCUCACUUGUGUAUGGAAAGAUAUGUAAGUAGUCUAUGUGAAAUGAAAUAUACUGAGCCAUAUGUGGUUGUCGGCCACACAAACCUCUUUCACUGGUCAGGGAUGGUCCCACCAUCUCAUUGGUACAUCACAAUCUGCAAAUUCUCAGUGGUUUUCCUCCGAGACUUCUUCGUCAUCAUCAUCAUCAUACUCUUUCUGGAGCCUGUGUUUGAAAAAUUAUUAGUGUUUCAUUAUCUUUUGAAAUUGCCUUGAUAAAGCGGUGAAGUUAUUGAGGGCCUAAAUCAUAAGACAGGUCUGUCGAGGUUCAGAACCCUUUUUGGAUUUUGUACUGUACACAUCUCGGGCUCUGACUCGAAUUAGUCAUUUGUCUUGGGUCACAGCAGUAGAUGUUACCCGUAUGUGAAAUUGCAUAAUUUUUACACAUCUUUACAGGCUGAAUAGGAUGAGAGCUCCUGGUUCCGUCUCUUGCUCAGUGUUUUUUGUUGAAUCUAUGAAAAACCUCAUUAUAUUGAUUUUUCAGAAGUUUAUAUUGUAUUUUUGUUUUCAUGGCUGAAAAAUUAAAAGCAAAACAAGUGAACAAAA